AUGAAUUGGCAACCUGAGGAGGCGCCAUUGAGGCAGCUAGCUGGCUACCUUCGUGACUCGCUUAAUGGAAGUAAUUCGCAAGGCCGCGCACAGGCGGAACAGAUGCUUGCCCAAGCGACAUCCUCUCCCGAUUACAUCAAUUACAUCACUUACAUCUUUUCCACUCCUCAUCCUGUCCCUGCGGGAAUCAACGAGAAGGAGUAUUCCACCGUUCGAUUCGCCGCGGCCGUGAACGUCAAGACGAAGAUUUCUCUGGCCUACAACACCAUAUCCCCCCAAAGCCUGCUCUACAUCAAAUCCGCCGCACUGCUUACCCUGCGCGACACCGACCGAAAUGUCUCAAACGCGGCUGGCACUAUCAUCACUGCGAUAGUGCUUCAAGGAGGCCUUUUGGCCUGGCCUGAGAUUAUCAGCGAGCUGCUGACCCUUGUUGCAAAUGCCUCACAGGCAGGUGACGUUCCCAUGCCGGUUCGAGAAGCUGCGAUGGAAGCCCUGCUCAAGGUAUGCGAAGAUAACCGCAAGGUCCUGGAUCGUGACUACCAGGGCCAACGUCCCUUGGACAUGAUCAUACCGAGCUUGGUGCAGUUCACGUCGAUCGAAAGCUCACGCAUCCGAGUGGCAGCUCUCAAAGCGAUCCACGUUUUCUUGCCUUUUAGACCCGAGGCGCUGGUGAACUCGCUAGAUCAGUUCCGUACGCAAUUGUUCAAUCUUGCUGGUGAUGAUAACACUAAAGUCCGACAAUUGGUGUGUCAGUCGUUCGCCCAACUUCUGGAGGCUGCACCAGAAAAGCUGGUCCCGUAUAUGGAAGGAUUGGUGAAUUACAUCCUCAUGCAGCAGCAAUCGACCGAUGACCCCGAGCUUGCACUUGACGCAGCUGAGUUCUGGAUUGGUGCUGGAGAGCAACCGCUCUUAAAAGCGGAGUUGGCCCCCUACAUGCCCAAGAUCAUCCCUGUCCUGCUCCAAAGCAUGGUCUACGACGAGGACGAGGUGGCGCGGUUGAUGGGCGAACAAGACGAUGCGGAAACCGAGGAUCGUGCCGAAGACAUGAAACCCCAGUUUGCCAAAUCGAAAGGUGAUCGUCUCAACAUGACUAAAUCAGGCGAGCAGAUGCAGUCUGGGGUUCCUCAGCAGCAGGUGGAGGAUGAUGAAGAUGACCUGAGCGAAGGCGAAAUUGAGGACUCGGAAUUCGGUGAUGACCCUUCGGGUGAAUGGACUUUGCGAAAGUGCUCCGCUGCUGCGCUUGAUAUUUUCGCCACUGUCUAUCACCGUCCCGUUUUUGAGAUCCUUCUGCCGUAUCUAACAGAGACUCUGCGCCAUGACCAGUGGCAGAACAGAGAGGCGGCUGUCCUCACCUUGGGUGCAGUGGCAGAUGGCUGUAUGGAUGCCAUCAGGCCCCACCUUCAAGAAUUGGUUCCUUACCUGAUUACACUAUUGAACGAUGCACAGCCUGUUGUGCGGCAGAUCACUUGCUGGUGUUUGUCCCGCUAUUCUGGUUGGGCAGCGCACAUCCCUGAUCCAGAACUAAGAGCCCGAUUCUUUGAGCCCAUGAUGGACGGGAUUCUCCAACGCAUGCUGGACAACAACAAGAAGGUCCAAGAAGCUGCUGCUUCAGCGUUCGCUAGUUUGGAGGAGAAGGCGGAAGAAAAACUGGCGCCCUACUGUCAGCCUAUCCUGCGCCAGUUCGUCCGAUGCUUCGACAAAUACAAGGACCGAAACAUGUACAUCCUUUACGAUUGCAUUCAGACACUCGCUGAUUGUGUCGGGGGCGAGCUUGCGCAGCCACAUCUCGUAAACAUGCUGAUGCCUGCCCUCAUCGCUCGUUACAACAUUGUCUCUGAUGAUUCUCGGGAGCUCUUUCCUCUUCUUGAAUGCCUCGGAUACGUCGCUACUGCCUACGGCGAUACCUUUGCUCAGUUCGCUCCGCCCAUUUUUGGCCGCUGUAUGAAGAUCAUCUAUGGAAAUCUGCAGGCUUCCAUUCAAUCGGCAAAUUACCAAUUCGAGGCGCCGGACAAAGACUUCCUGAUCACCAGCAUUGACCUAGUUAGCGCACUUGUCCAGGCUAUUGACCCCCAGAAGUCUAGCGAACUCGUGCGUACCUCUCAGCCACCUUUCUUCCAGCUUCUCCGCUACUGCAUGGAGGAUGAGAAAGACGACGUCCGCCAGUCAACGUACGCUUUGCUGGGAGACUGCGCCAUUCACAUUUUCCCAGACUUGGAGCCUUCUUUAUCUACCAUCGCCCCGAUUCUCAUCAAGCAGCUUGAUCUUGAUCUGAUUCGUGACGACGAUCGUCAGACCGGCUUCAGUGUUCUGAAUAACGCCUGUUGGUCGUGCGGCGAGAUUGCCGUCCACGAGAACGCGCCACUCGCGCCCUACGCGGAGCAGCUCUACCGCGGACUAUUUAAUAUCAUCAUCAACGAGGAAAUAAUUGACUCUGUGAAUGAGAACGCCGCAUUGGCAUUGGGAAGGCUGGGAUUCUGCUGCGCGGAUCAGAUUGCGCCCCAUUUGAGUGAAUGCUCUCCAUAUUUCCUGAGGUCGAUGGACAAGGUUGAUUUCACGCGCGAGAAGGCUUCGGCAUUCCUCGGCUUCAACCAAAUUGUGAUGAAGAACCCUCAGGCCAUGGAGGCCAGCUUGCUCGACUAUUUCCAGGCGAUCGCCAUGUUCCCGGCUCGCUCGCUGGCACAGGAAGAGUACCGUGAUAUCCAGGGCUCAUUCCAGCAGGUACUCCAGGGAUACAAGAACAUGAUUCCCGACUUUGACACCUUCCUCGGCCAACUUAACCCACCCGUGGCCCAGACACUGCGCACAGUGUACCAUGUUUAA